ACGUUUUGACAGUGACGUGUAAAGAUUUUCGUAAGUUUUUCAAUUUGUUAUUGAUUGCUUAAAAAAGCGAAAAUUUAAGAAAUAAAGAGUGAAAAUAUAAUAAAAAAGCAUGUCAAAUAAAAGCAAAUCUUCAGAGAGCUCAUCUAAGAUUAAUUUAAAUGAAAGUGUUUGGAAAAGAGCGUUGUCAUCGAACGCUGAAUGGCCCGACAAGGAGGAGUUUCUGGACGUCAUAUAUUGGAUGCGACAAGCCAUAGGCAUUGUGCUAGGCCUCUGCUGGGGAUUGCUACCCUUGAAAGGAUUUUUGGGCUUAUUACUUUUUGUAGUUGUGAAUGCAGCUGUGAUAUAUGUGUAUGUGAGCAGCUUUCAAAAUGUUGAUGAAGAAGAAUAUGGAGGCAUGUGGGAGAUUACCAAAGAGGGUUUCAUGACUUCAUUUGCUGGAUUCUUGGUCACAUGGAUCAUCAUGUUCACAGGUUUACACAGCACCAGUGGUUUAUGAGAUCAAAUCAAAAACUAAGAUAAAAAGUAGCUUAUAUCCCGUCACCACAGGAUGCAAGCUACCUAUGUAUCAAACUUCAAAAUUCAUUAAAAAGAUUGGCAGUUACAAAGGUAAUUAGGUUACAAAGACAGACAGACACACUUUU